AUGGCGAAUAGCAUCGAGGAACGGCUACGCAACCAUGCUCAAGCCUUUGAUGGAUUACUAUCGUUGAUUCCAGCAAAAUAUUACUAUGGUGAAGAUACAUCUAAUCAGUGGCAGCGGAAAAAGCAAACGAAAGAGGAAGCUCGCAAAGCCAAACGUGCAAAGCUCGACCCUGAUGCCUCGAAGACUGCAAAGGAUGUAAUGGUCGAAAAUGCCCGGAAAAGGAAGAGAGGGGAAGAGGGAGAAUCAGAUUCCGAUAAUGAUGACGGCGAUGUGGAACUAGACAAUAAAGCACCAACAGAGGGUCUUAUUGGGGGUCAGAAUGAAUUGAAGAAGCAAAAAAAGGCAGACAAAGCAGAAGGAGGCCAGGCCAAAGACAAGGAUGAAAAUUCAGAAGCUCUCAAAAAGCGACAGGCCCAGAAGGCGGAGAAAAAGGCAGCGAAAAGGGAACAGAAGAAAUUGAAAGUAGCAGCCAAGCUAGAAAAGAAGCAAAAGGCCGCCAAGUGGAGUACAGAAGAAGCUUCUAAGGUGAAUGAGAAGCGGGAGGGCCUUAAACAACAAAAACAACAGGAGGUCGUGCCCAAUGCAGACAACGAUGACGAAGUAGAUGAAGACAUCACCCCAAUAGAAGGAUUUUCUGCCUUGCAAGAUGAAGACAAUGCAGAACCAGCAUCCUCCGCCUCAUCAUCCCCCGGCCCUAAUUCACAACCCUUGGAUCCCUCCAACCCUCCAUCCGGGUCGCCCUCCAUUUCCUCAAUCGUCCCUCCUGUUUCCCCCUUCUCCAACUCCAAAGCAGAAACAAAAACAAUACCACAAACAGAAACCACACAACCCCCAACCAAGAAGCCCACAAAUCUAACACCAGAGGAGCUUAAGCAGAGAUUACAAAAACGCAUAGAAGAGCUACGAGCCGCACGGCAUGCCGACGGCUUCAACGGCAAGCCCGCCCGCAACCGCCAGGAACUCAUCGAAGCAAGAAGACAUCGCGAAGAACAGCGCAAAGCACAUAAGAAGGAGAUGCGCCAGAAAGCGCGCGAGGAGGAGCAGAGAAAAAGAGAUGAGGCUAUUGCAAGACGAUUCUCACCGCGUGGCUCUGGCUCACUACUUGCCUCCCCCGGAUCCCCGGCUGAUUCCAUCUCCUCGAUCCCGAACAACUUUUCCUUCGGGCGUGUUGUCUUCGCAGAUGGCCAGCAGGCGGAUCCCACCCUAUCCACGCUCCUCGACGAGAAGAAACGCAAGGGUCCACAGGAUGCGCAAACUGCGUUGAAGGCGCUGGAAGCUAAGAAGGCCCGGUUGGCGGGGCUGGAUGAGAAGAAGAGAGCGGAGAUUGAGGAGAAGGAUAUGUGGUUGAAGGCCAAGAAGAAGGCGCAUGGGGAGAAGGUGAAAGAUGAUGUGUCACUGUUGAAGAAAACGUUGAAUCGUAAGACGGGGAUGAAAAGGAAGAGUGAGAAGGAGUGGAAGGAGAGGAUUGAAGGGGUGGUUAAGGGGAAGGAGAUGAGACAGAAGAAGCGGGUGGAGAAUUUGAGGAAGAGGAGGGAGGAGAAGGGCUCUAAGGUGGGGAAGAAGAAGGGGAAGGGUUCUGUGAAGAAGAGGCCUGGGUUUGAAGGGGGGUUUAAUGCGAAGAAGUAA